CUACUUCAGUGGAGGCAACACCAGAGAACCACUACCUUUACGACACAAUUGGAUAUUCAGGUAGUCGGUACAAAAAACAUGAGCUUCUUUAGGAAAAUUAUCAAAUCUAUUUCGGGUACUCCCCCUUCACCUCCCCCUUCACCUCCCCUUUUACGGGAAGAGGAAAGGAAAAUACCAUGGAAUGAAAGAGAGCGAGACCUGCAGCUUGUCAGAGAUUACAAGCCUCACAAAGAUGUUGAGCAUCUCAGAAUUCUGCUUUAUGGACCACCAGAUGCUGGAAAGUCCAGCUUCAUCAACUCUGUCGACAGUACUUUAAGAGGCAAAAUCGCAACUCGAGCUUUGGCAGCAAAAGCCCCCGAAAGUUUCACCAUUGCAUACAGGACAUAUAAAAUUCAGAAAGGAAAUCCAGACACCUUUUACCCUUUUGUCUUCAAUGACACCAUGGGGCUUCAGUCCAGUGACAACGGAAUUCAGGUGGAAGACAUCAAACUUGCUAUCAGUGGACAUGUCAAAGAAGAUUACAGGUUCAAUUCCAAAUGCCCCUUGCCUGAAACAGAUCCUAAUUACAGAGGUUCCUCCACCUUCGAUGACAACGUCCACAUUAUGGUUUUUGUCAUUUCUGCUAACACAGUGAGCUUAAUUGAUCGUGAAACUUGGAGAAAGAUGAAAGAUAUCAGAGCAGCAGCUCGUGACAAAAAGAUCCCACAAAUAGCCAUUCUGACAAAAAUUGAUGAAGCCUGUCCUGAAGUCAAAAAAGACAUAAAGAACGCCUACAGGAGCAAGCACUUGAAUAAGCUGAUGGACACAGUGAACGUGACCCUGGGUUUUCCUCUGAACUGCAUCUUCCUUGUGAAGAACUACCACAAAGAAAUCGAGACAGAUGACGGUGUGGAUUCACUGAUACUGAGUGUACUGAAAAAGAUCAUUGACUAUGGAGAGGACUACCUGAAUGACCAGAAUAAUCGUGACCUGUCACCAAUGUGUGAGGGGGACAGAAAAUGAAAAUGUUCAGUUACUCUACACAUGAUUUUGCUUUGCUAUCGCUGCAAUCACAGUCACACAAAAAGUUACUUUCAUCAGAAACUUUAACCUACUGAAUUUU